ACCUGGCUGGAGGCAUCGGAUGGAAUCGGUCUUACAAACUAGCCUUGCCGUUGAUUUCUCUUUACGCAGAAGAGAAAAUACUCGGGAAUGUAAAAUGAGCCGCGCUCUAAAUUCCCUGUUCUCAGUGUGCCCAUGAUGGAGUCCAAACCGCCACACCGAACCUCGGGAAGCUUCUGCUUUACCUCUUGACGCAGAGAAAUAGUAAAGAAUUGAAAUUUCAGAAAAAGAUAACGGAGCUCUCUCCUUCAUGAUUCUCUGGCUCUGGUUUGAUGAAUGUUCACUAGAGUUCUUCAACUGCCAAUUGGUUUUGUUGCAUUGAUUUGCAGUUGAUUUAGUUUGAAUGUACGAAUGGGUGAUCUAUUGGAUCGUGAUUUGAUAAGCAAUCUACCUCAGAGCAUUAUAGAGAGCAUUCUCACGCGUCUCCCAAUUAGAGAUGCUAUAAGAACUAGCUGCUUAUCAACGAAAUGGAGAUACAAAUGGGCUACACUCACCCAUCUUGCAUUCGACGAAAAAUGUGUCACUCUAUCUAAUGACCGAACUCUUGUCGAAAGAACCCUUAUAGACUUUAUCACUCGGGCUCUCUUUCUUCACCAAGGACCCGUUCACAAGUUCCAGCUUUCUACUUCCUACUUGCAGAGCUGCCCAGAUAUCGAUCAAUGGAUACUUUUCCUUUCAAGGAAUGACAUAAAAGAAUUGGUUCUUGAAUUGGGAGAAGGAGAGUGGUUUAGAGUGCCCUCAUGCCUUUUUUAUUGUAAAAAGUUGACCCGUUUGGAGCUAUUUCGAUGUGAGUUGGAUCCACCUCCUGCUUUUAAGGGAUUUUUGUGUUUGAAGAGCCUCAAUCUUCAUCAAGUUUUGGUUGCUCCUGAUGCAAUUGAAAGUCUUAUUUCUAGUUGCCCUCUACUUGAGAGUCUGGCUUUGUCAUACUUCGAUAGCUUAGCUCUAAAUAUUCGUGCCCCAAAUCUCAAGUACUUAUGUCUUGAAGGUGAAUUUAAGGACAUAUGUCUUGAAAAUACCCCACUUUUGGUUGCCAUAUCUGUUGCUAUGUAUAUGACUGAUGAUAUUGCCGAGCACUUUGAGCAAAGUUCAAAUUGCAAUUUUAUCAAGUUUCUUGGUGGCAUACCACGUCUUGAGAGGCUUGUUGGGCAUAUCUACUUUACAAAGUAUUUGAGUAUAGGUAAUGACCAGGGAAUCCUUCCGAUUACUUAUAACCAUUUAAAGAUUAUUGAAUUAUAUCAAGUAAGUUUUGAAGAUAUGAAAGAGAUACUAGUUGUUCUUCGCUUGAUUACGAACUCUCCUAAUUUACAGGAACUUCAAAUCUCGGGAUCCUCAAACACUUUAGCAGCUAUAGAAGCAUCCGAUUUGGAUUUCUGGGAGAAACAAUGCCCUUCCGAUUGCGCAUUCGGAAGACUUAAAGUUGUGAAGAUGACAGAUAUGUCUGGAGUGCCACAUGAGAUGGAAUUCAUCAAGUUUUUGUUGAAGAAAUCACUAGUGCUUGAGACCAUGAGGAUUACGCCGUGUGCAUAUGUUUUAGAUGGACGUUUGAAUAUGCUGAUUGAGUUGGUGAGCUUUAAACGGGCAUCUCCUGAAGCAGAAAUUUUAUUCAUCCAAGAUUAACUAGUGUCUGUCUGGUAUGUUUAACGGAGCUGGCCUUUGAAUUGUGUUUUGUAUUUUUCUUGAGACUUGAGAAUGACAAUUUGUUAAUAUUGUUCAAGGUCUCA